CGAGGCUCUACUGCAGAGGACUUGGGAGCAGGGUAUUCUGAAGCAGCACGUGUGGAUGGUCUUGGUUUCUCAAGAGCACCUCGUCCCUGGGAAGAUCCAAGCACACUCAAAUCCAGUGAGAAGGAAGUUUCACCUGAGAUAGUGAAGGUGACCAUUACUAACCCUUCAAGGGAUACUGCUGUAGAAGAUGAAAGCAGUAAAAGAAAGAGGAGGCAUGAGGAGAAGAAGCACGAGAAGAAUGACAGUGACAGGUCUGAAAAGCGUGACAAGCAUGAAAGGCGUGAGAAGCGGCACUCUCAGAAUUCAGAUGACAGACAGAAACGUAGGAAAGAAAGGAGGAGAAGACAUGAUUCCGACUCUGAUUGAAAUAUCUUUGGAGUCCAUUAUAGAAGGACAAACACGUAAAUAUUUCGGUCAGAAGGUGCUCAAGCAAUGUCAACCUUUCUCUGUAAAGUUGGAGGCUACGGCCUAGGGUUACCUGUUGAAUCAUUGUAGUUAAAAAAAAAAAAGCCAUGCCAUUUUCUCUGGCUUGAAAGUGGUGAAUUACCUUGAUCAAAUUUAGAACGUCUGCAGUGAUCAAAACUUGAAAAUUUUUAGUACUAUUUAUUGUUGUUUAGCAAUGAUAAUACCGAUUAUAUCACCUGAAUUAUUGGUGUUGGCGAUAGAUUCCACUUUAUUAGUUUAGCUGUGUAUUUCACUCUCAGUAUUUCGAUAUCAGUUUCAUCAGAUGAGAUUUUUGGA